AUGAGGCAAGGCCUGGUGUUCUGGGUGAACUUUGGGGCUGAAUUCCGAAGGUUCUCCUUGGACCGUCACAAGCCUGGGAAAUUUGAGGAUUUCUACAAGCUGGUGGUGCACACCCACCACAUCUCCAACACGGAAGUGACCAUCGGCUACGCGGACGUGCACGGGGACCUGCUGCCCAUCAACAACGAUGACAACUUCUGUAAGGCGGUCUCCAGCGCAAAUCCCCUGCUCAGGGUCUUCAUCCAGAAACGAGGUACCCGGAAAGCUGAACUGCUGACCUUGUUUGGCAGUCGUUUAAAAAAUAAAUAGUUUUUAAUUUUGUC